AUGCUGGGGAGCCUCUGCACUCUCAUCACUGCUCUAACAUGUAAGGAGGCUGACUUCCUGCAGCUUUCAGCUCAUGUUGGAUUCAUCAGUCUGUGUGUUUCUCUUGACUCCAUGUCAUUUUGUUGUUUCCAGGUGUGAGUGCUGUUACCGUGGUGACACAGAAGCCUCCUGUUGUAGCUGUGAGGAGAGGAGAGACAGUCAACAUGGACUGUAACCUGGGGACUGUGACAAAUCAAGCAGCUCAGUGGUACAAACAGAUUCCUGGAGGAGUUCCUCAGCAUGUUAUUAGUUGGUAUCAUGGCUGGAGCUCUCCAAGAUAUGGCUCUGGUUUCUCCUCUCCUAAAUUCACCUCCACUCAUCAGUCACAAUCAGAUUAUCGUUUGACCAUCAGCUCUAUGGAGGAGGGAGACUCUGCAGUUUAUUACUGUAAAACAUGGGACAGCUCUGGCACUAAGCUUGUAUCACAGUGAUUUACACCAUGACAAAAACCUCCUCACUCUCACUUCUGCUUUUUGAGUCUCUGACAUAUCUACUAACGCUCUCUUUAGCUUCCUAACACAGGAUUAAAAAAUAACCACCAUCUUUUUCCUUACUGUCCUUUUGAUUGACUAACAAACUCACAUUUAUCUUUAUUUCAAUUUAUCACUCAUCCACAUUGUGACUUUCUGCUGAUUUAAUUAUCAUAUUUGAGGCUUUAAGUUUCUGAUCAGCUCAUAAAACAGAAUCAACUCUGUACAGUCAGUUUAAUGAAACAGUUUUACAUUGAGAUUGUUUCAGACUCUUCAGUCAAAAGUUUGUUAGAAAUAAAUGAACAAACAGAAGAAGUUUGAAAAGUUCAGCUGAAACAAUAAAGAGUUAAACUUAGAGGACUAACAGCUUUUUGUCUUCUUGACUGUGACCUUUGACCUCUCCUUAAAAAAACAAAACAAAGCUCACCUAUGAAAUUUUUGACAUCAGUUGAGUUGUUUUCCAUCCAGACAUUGAUUCUUUAUACUUUCACAACUUAAAUAAUAGAAUAAAUUGGCAGAAGAAUGAUCCUCAUAUUUUUAAACAAUGUCAUUUAUUUGUUCAACCCUUUUUUCAUCAUGAAGAGAGGGGUCACAAAUUCAACUCCUCCUCCUCUUCUUCCUCCUCCUCAGGGUCUCUAACAUGUAAGAGAUUCUUCUCAGUCCUUUACCACACCAUCAUUUCACACACACACACCUUUGACUCUUGUCUUUUUCUCUGUGUGUUACAGAUGUUGAUGCAGUGAUUGUUCUGACCCAGACUCCUGCUGUCCUCACAGUUUCUCCAGGACAAGAGGCUGUUCUCAGAUGUAACAUUCAGAGAGAUGAUGGAUAUUAUGUCAGCUGGCACAAACAGGUUCCUGGUGAAGCUCCUCAGUAUGUUCUGAAAUUCUAUCAUUCUCACAGUUCACCCAACGACUAUGGAUCAGGAUUCUCCUCAGACAGAUUCAACUCUAAAUCCACAUCAAACAUAGAUUAUCAGUUCAUCAUAAAGAGAGUAGAGGCAGGAGACUCUGCUGUUUAUUACUGUCAGACACGGGAUAGCUCUGCUAAUGCAGCUGUAUCACAGUGAUUUACACCAUGACAAAAACCUCCUCACAGUCUGACUACAGUGUCUCUAAAAUCUGACCACAUUAACUCAAGAAAACCAGAAAAACUUCAAUCAAAGCAGAAAGAUCACUGAAUAAACUCUUAUAAAACGAUGAAAUCCUCAGAUUAAAGUCCAUCUUUGUUUUGAUAAAGUGAUCAGAGAUGAAAGAUUGAGACAUUGAGAGUGAAAGUUGGUCUCAACAGGAUGUUUCAGUUCCUCUCCCCUCAUUAGUGAGAGUCAGGAGGUUUUUGUACGGCCAUGUAUACAAACUGAAUCACUGUGGUAUUCGGACAAGGAACCAAGCUGAUCGUCUCAGGUAAGUUCUUUAAAAAUCAUCUUUAAAUAGGAUUGUUUCUCUGAUUCUGACAAAAUAUGGCACAGUUAUCAUGUUAAUAACUCUUAAAUGAACAUUUUCAGUAAAUAAUAGACAUAAUUUUCUCUGUUUGAUGUUUAUUCCCUGUUACUUGGCAGCAUGUUGGUUCUUCUCAAAGAGUUUGAGGCUGAGACAUUUUUAACUUUAAAGAAAAAGUGAAACAAACGGACUUAAUAUAAUUCAUUAUUGUUUGUAUGGGUUAAAAUUUCACAAUAAUAUGUUCAGUAAUAUACAAGUAUAAUCUGAUUAAGUUACUGUAGAGCAGUCUGUGAGACUAAUAACAGAGAUAGAAUAAGUUACUGUAUUUUUGGAUCAUAUCAAAUUUGCUGAAUUGAAGUUGCUUUUUAUGGUUUCAUGUAAAUCUGAUUCAGUUUUAGAGUCUUUGUCUUUUAUUUUGUAAGUUUGAUCGGCUGUAAAAGCAGAUGACGACUUAUAAAUGGUUUAUGAUUUCAAGAGCUCUGAACUUGGAAAAUUACAGACUGAGUCUUUAAAAAGUUAAACUGGUGUAAUUUUAGUUUCUACAGGCUGAUGUAACAUGUUUUCACUUUUUAAAAGGAUGUAGUCAGACCGGGUUUAUUGUGAACACUGCACAUUGAUCUCUCUUUUUAUUAUUGACUUAAUCUGUGACUGUCGUGUGUGUUUGUGUGUUUCAGGCUCCAGCCUCUCUCCUCCCGUCCUCACAGUCUUCCCUCCGUCCCGUGCUGAGCUCCAGUCCAACAAAGCCUCUCUGCUCUGUCUGUCCAGUCAGUCUGUGCCUUUUGCAGAUGUGAGCUGGUUGGCUGCUGGGAGUCCAGUGAGCAGUGGGGUCUCCACCAGCACGGCUGUUCGGAAAGCGGACCAGACUUUCCACAUCAGCAGCUCUCUGUCCAUCACCCCCUCUGAGUGGACCACGGGCAAAGUCUUCACGUGUAAAGUGUCUCUGGACUCUCAGACUUCAGAGAAAGAGAUCAGCAAGUCCAGCUGUCCCUCUGCAGAAGAGUAG